AUGUGGCUUACAAAACUACGCCCAAUUUUGGGUUACGGGUUACAUUCAAGACAAACCUUGUUUAAAAACCAUGGAACAUUUAACAUGUUAGCGGUUUUACCUGUUGCUAAAUUUGAUCAUCGACGUACUUAUAAGAACUUUGGUCAUAGGAGAGAUCCUCCAGAACAUCCUUUAAAAAAAUGUUACAUUUUGGCUUUUAUAAGCCUUAUAAUUUAUCAAUUUAUUAAUUGGGACAAAGUUAUUGAGGUAGUAUUUCCUCCUGUAGAUGCUGACAGCCAUGUUGAUACUACUGAUGAAAACCCAGAAGAAGAAAUCAUAGAAGCAGUUAUAGACAAAAAAAAAAAAAAACCUAAACAAAUAGUUGGAUUUCGAGAUCGAAAGAUUAUAGAAUACGAGAACAGGAUACGUCACUUUUCAACGCCAGACAAGGUUUUUAGAUAUUUUGCUACCUUACAAGUAACACAUAUGCACUCUAAUGGACUAGAAACUCAUGAAGUAUUUAUGACACCAGAUGAUUUCCUACGUUCUAUGACACCUGGAAUCAAACAGCCGGAUGGACUUGGUCUUGAUCAAUAUAAAAAAUAUGACCCAAAAAAUACACACAUGAGAUUAGAAUUGGCACUAAAUGAAGACAGUAUAUUCUACAAACUUGGAAGUUCUGGUCUGAUAACUUUUUCAGACUAUAUAUUUUUAUUAACUGUACUGUCAACAUCAAAAAGACAUUUUGAAAUUGCAUUCAGAAUGUUUGAUUUAAACGGUGAUGGUGAUGUAGACUGUGAAGAAUUUGAAAAGGUUGCUACCCUAAUCCGACAUCAGACAAGUAUCGGAAGUCGUCAUAGAGAUCAUGCAAAUACAGGCAAUACUUUUAAGGGAGUCAAUUCAGCAUUAACAACAUAUUUUUUUGGUGAAAAUCUUGAUGAAAAACUAACUAUAGAGAAAUUCCUUGAUUUUCAACAACAAUUGCAGACAGAAAUUUUAGGUUUAGAGUUUCAACGAAAAGGCCCCAGUGAUGAUGGAACCAUAACAGAAGUAGAAUUUACUGAUCUACUUUUAGCAUAUGCUGGAUAUGCUCCGAAAAAGAAAGCACGCAUAAUUAAGAGAGUGAAAAAAGUAUUUAAAGAAAAUACUCGUGGCAUUAGCGAAGAAGACUACUUAAAUUUUUUUCACUUUUUGAAUAAUAUUAAUGAUGUAGAUACGGCUCUUACGUUUUAUCAUAUUGCAGGAGCAUCAAUUGAUCAAGCCACUUUAAAACAUGUGGCAAAAACUGUAGCUCAUGUUGACUUAAAUGACCACUUGAUCAAUGUAAUUUUCACAAUAUUUGAUGAAAACCUUGAUGGCCAAUUAAGCAAUAGAGAAUUUGUUGCUGUUAUGAAAAACCGCUUAUUAAGAGGUUUGGAGAAACCAAAAGAUACUGGUUUUGUUAAGUUUAUUCAAUCUGUAGGAAAAUGUGCUCAGGAGAGUACUCCAAGUAUUUUUGACUUGUAA